AUGCUGAAAAAAAAGAGUCACAUCGAUUCAAUAAGCUCAAGUUUUCGUCUUGUUUAUGAAAACAUGAUUUGGGUUUUGGCUUGUAUAUGGAUUUUCCUAUGCAGCUAUGUGCUUCAUUCCAUUGGAUCCAUGCUCUCAUACAUAUUCAGAAAAAAGGAAGUUGUUGCACUAACUUCAAUGGAAGAUUAUGAUAUUGAUGAGUUCACAAAAGAGCUAGUUGAUUUUUUAUUUCCAAGCUAUGAAGAGUUUCUUAUAUCAUAUAAAGAAAAAGAACAAGAAGAAACAAAGUAUUGUGUUUUAGUGGAAAAUAAUUGUGAUCUUCGACAUGAGGAUGAAAAGGGAAUAGAAGAAAUAGAUUGUUAUAAUUUUAUUGAAGAUGGUAAUUUUAUGCACAAUGUUUUUGAUGGUUUUCAUGAUGUUAUGAAAGUGGAUGAAAAUGAAACAUUUAUGCAUAGUCUCUUUGAUGGUUUUCAUGAAGAUGUUAUAGAAAUCAAUGAUAAUGAAAGAGAGAAGAACUCUUUUUUUGAAGAAUGUGAUUCCAAUUUUCAUCAAGAUGGUAGAAAGAGUGUGGAAAAAGUUCAAGAAGUCGAAGAAGUAGAAGAAGAAGAAACAAAUGGUUCUAAUUUUAGUGAUACUAGCUAUGCUCCUACAACAAAUGAAGAUGAGUGUGUUCAAGAAUAUAGAAAAUUCACCUCAAGCUCCACUUUUGAUAGAAGUAACAACACCAAUGAUUGUUCUUUGACUUCUAACAUUCCUUGUGAAGAUAUUGAGUGUGAAAGUGUUAAGAAAUUUGAAGAUUUGAAGGAAAUUCAAUUUUCAUGGGACAGAGAAGAAGUCUCUCAAGGUUUCCUUGAUUGCAAAAAUGAAAAUGAAGGUUCUUUAUACCAUGAAGAAGAAACUUAUGAAGAUAGUUUGGAGAAAAAUGAAGAAGACGAUGAUGACGAAUGCGAUUGGGACGAUAAUGAGGUAAUGCAACAAAUUAAAUUGAAAUUGAAGUAUGCAAGACAAGGAGGACUUUCCACAAUUUUUGAAGAGGAAGAAGAACUAGAAGAUGAAGAAGAAAAAGAACCAUCUUUAAAAGUUAUUGAAAUGAUAAAUACAUCGAGUAUGGAAUACAAAGAUCAAGAGAAGAUGAUAUAUGAAUAUCACAAUGUUGAAAUUCAAAAGGUUUAUAGAUGUUAUGCACAGAAAAUAAGGAGACUUGAUGUCUUGAAUUUUCAAGUCAUGCAUGCAAUUGAUUGUCUUCAACUAAAAGACCCUCUAUUGGUGCAAAAAUCAACCAUCCAACACACUAAACCUCUAGUAAUUCCUCAGACUUUGGGAUCAAUCAAAGCACAAAAGAAUAUAUUUGAGCCAGUGUUGAAGCUUGUAAAGGAAUUGCAUUGGGAUUUGGAACUUCUUUAUGUUGGAAAAAUUUGUCUCUCUUGGGAAAUGCUAUGUUGGCAAUAUGUGAAAAUCAAACAAUGUGAUUCACAAUUUUCUCUUAGGUGUGAUUUAGUUGCUGAUGAACUUCAACUUUUUCAAGUUCUCAUGCAACAAUUUUUAGAGGACGAUCCAUUUCAAAAUGAUAGUGCAAAGGACAAGAAAAAAAUCAAGUGGGGUGAAGAUGAUGUCAUUGCGAGUGAAAACUUAGAGGAAAUAAUUAAGGAAUCCAUGCAAAUAUUUUGGGAGUUUGUCGAAGCAUAUAAAGAUGAUGGAAAUGUGUUUCAGAAAAUACCACGUUACAGAAUGAAUGAGAUUAAGGACAAAGAAAUUUCAGAACUUCUUGAGGAUAUUCAAACUCAAUUGCAUAAGAAGGAGAGAAAGGUGAAGGAGAAAUUAAGAAGUGGGAAUUGGAUAGUAAGAAAGUUCCAAAAACAAAACGAGGGUCAAAUUCAACUAGAUUACGAGCAGCUGUUGGCUCAAGUGGGAUUGAGGUUGAUUUCAAAGGUAAUUAGCAUGAAAAAGUUGAGAAAAGAUCACCUAAUAUGGUGUAGUGCAAAGUUAAAUCAAAUCAAUUUUGUUGACAAGAAGAUUCAAGUGGAGCCUUCCGUUUUGCUUUUUCCUUGUUAA